GACCGCGGGAGUGAGGGGGGGAACUCUCGGCGACGCGAGGAUAUGAACAGUCUUCCAGGUGGGCUGCUACUCAGAGGGAGUAAAUCCGAAAGGCGUCCUCCAAUCAGGCUUGGGCAACCCGCCGCCUGGUCCCAAUGCCUCUCCGGCGGAUCUCGGUAAUCCCAGCGCAGGAGACGACCAGCAAUGGGAGAAGUUCCAUAGGUAGAAACAAAGAGAAGAACAGGGAAGUCGAGAAUUUCAGAAUUUGAAAAGGGAUAAGUGGAAGGAGAAAAUGUUGGGCUGGUGCCAAGCGAUAGCUCGUAAUCCUCUCAGAUUCCCAAACAGCACAAGAACGCCUGAAGUCACAGGUGAUGCUUCACAUAUCUCUGCCUUGAAUGAAAAAUCUCCAGGGCGUUCAACAAGUCGAUCAAGUAACAUUUCGAAGGCGAGUAGUCCUACUACAGGGACAGCUCCCGGAAGUCAAUCACGGUUAUCUGUCUGCCCAUCUACUCAGGACAUCUGUAGGAUCUGUCACUGUGAGGGAGAUGAUGAAAGCCCCCUCAUCACACCAUGUCGCUGCACAGGGACCUUACGUUUCGUUCAUCAGGCUUGUCUACAUCAAUGGAUUAAGAGCUCAGACACGCGGUGCUGUGAACUCUGCAAGUAUGACUUCAUCAUGGAGACUAAACUUAAACCUCUCCGAAAGUGGGAGAAACUGCAGAUGACAACAAGUGAAAGAAGAAAAAUAGUUUGCUCAGUCACAUUCCACAUUAUUGCUAUUACCUGUGUAGUUUGGUCAUUGUACGUAUUGAUAGAUCGGACUGCUGAGGAAAUUAAGCAAGGCAAUGACAAUGGAGUCCUAGAAUGGCCGUUUUGGACAAAAUUGGUUGUGGUAGCCAUUGGAUUCACUGGAGGCCUUGUCUUCAUGUACGUGCAGUGUAAAGUCUACAUUCAGUUAUGGCGAAGGCUGAAGGCUUAUAACCGUGUGAUAUUUGUUCAGAACUGUCCAGAUACUGCCAAAAAACUGGAAGAGAAAAAUUCUUCCACCAUUCAGAACACUGAAAUUAAAGAUACUGUUGUGGUUCCGGUUUCACAGACAGAGACGAACUGUCAGCAAACAGAAGAAACUAUUUCUGAUGUCAUGCCAGUUUGAUGGAAGUAGCAUUUCUUGGGGAAAUAAAGUGAAAGGUUUCUGUUAGCUACAGGAAAAAAGAUAAUCAAAUCCAGAGAGUAUAUUUGAAAAAAAAGAAGGAACAUAAAAAAAAAUAGAAAGGAAAAUUGAUAAGAAGCUUCACAUUACCUCUGAAAUGUAACAGAAAUGUUUUUUUUUCCACCUUUCUUGCUAAGUACAGUUAAAAGUGGAAGUGAAGAAGAUAGAAAAGCAAAACUUCUAACAAAGGACAUGCCAACACUACUAUUGAUGGCUUAAAAGAACUGCAUUUGCAGAACUUCUACUUAUGUGCUGUUUACAAGAAAAAGAAAACUUUUAUGUGUAUUUGCUACUAUGGUCUUUUUGCUAAUUAUUGUAAACUGGGGGGAGUGGGGGAGAGAGCAAAGCAAAUUUUUAAGGUUCUUAUAAAGGUAUGCAUCGAAGCACAAAUUAUCUGUUUGAUAAUGUGAUACUUAAUGCUAAGGUGAUUACCCUAUAACGUUUCUGUAAAAACAACCGCACUUAUUACGUAAUAAUGGAUUUUGAGUAUUUGUAAAGUAGAAUAUUAGAAAUAUUUUUCUUGGUUAACAAUAGACCCAGAAAUAAUUAACAGCAAACUCCCUGACAAAUUGCUACACUCAUCUGGAGCAGCAACUUAGUUCGUAAUUAUUCCUAUAUAGUAGAUUAAGAUCAUUUCUUGGCCAUCUGUACGAUUCUUCUUUGAAAGGGUAAUUCAUUAAAUCGGAGUAUUAGGGUACCAGAGUACUUUUGCUUUAGAAUUUCCAGUAUCUAUUUAUUAGGGUGAGAAAUAUGCAAAACAACAACCCACCCAAAAGUUACAGCCCAAUGCUGUUUUAAAGAUAAAGAUAGCUUUGAAAAAGUCAAUGUGGAAAGCCUUCACGUUAGGACAAUAUUUCUUCAGUGUGAACUUAAUUGACAAUGUAUAUGCAGUAACUUCUAAACAAGAAAGAGUUUAACAGUUAAGGAUUCAGUAGUUCAUUUGGUACUUAUUAUUUUAAUAUAUUAAUAUAAAAUGAGGUAUGAUUAAAUGAGAUACUUAAAUUUUCUAUCAAUGUAAGAAUGCAACCUGCAGGGACCCAACGAAGUUGGCAUCCCAUUUGGGAAGUAUUUACCCAGAAGGUUUAAAGAAAGUAAGAUAUUUGCAGAAAAAUAAGUAUCUUAUUUCUAUCACUGUUAUGCUUGUUGAUUGUAUUGUGAGUUGUGCCCAAGUAACGUGAGUUAAUACAAGAAAACAGUAAUAAGGGGAGCUUAUGGUGAAAAACUGCAAUUGGUUAUUUCUAAAAGAAUUAUAAUUCAUGCUGCAAUUUUUUUUUUUAAAAAAAGAGUAAAAUCUUUGUCCUGAGAUGAUUAUAUUUGUUUGUUCCAUUGAGAAAUUGCAAAAGCAGUUAACUUCAUUAAGAUAAAUGGGUAUUUUCUCACUGGGGUAAGUCAGAGUUACCAUUGUCAGAAAUCUAGAGUAUUAACCAUUAAAGUUAAUGUUAUACAAUAUGAUAGAUAUGACAAGAAUUAUGAUGCUGGAAAGCUUUCUGAAAUGAAAACUGAAUAACUCUAUUUCAGAUAAAAGAAAAAAAAAUGACAUUAUAGUAUUUUGUGGUGUUUGGACGAUCCCAUAAUUUAAUACAGAUAACGGGAAAGAAAGUCAGGCCACAAGCUGAAAUCGAAUUCAAACUGAAUGGUUUGCAUUUUUUUUUUUCUAACCGAGAUCAGGAUAUAGUUUGGGUUAUAUUUAUAAUUUGGAGUGGAUGCUCCUUCUCCAACUAUAAAUAUUUAUAAAUGUGACUAUGCUUUGCAUAGAAGAUCACUAUGGCAUUAAAAGCUGAGAACUGAACUUAUAUGCAACAAAGAUGCACUUUCAGAGUAAUACUGCAAUGUGAAUUUCUUAUCGUUCUACUCAUGUUUGUCAGUUGAGGCAGUCAGCUGCCCAACUGCGUAUUUUGCAGAGACCAUACAAUGGCGCCCACACAGAGCAACAUUGUGUAAAAGGAUUAUCAUGCAUGUGACAAAAGGUAAAUGGCUGGUUAUUCAUAUAUUCAGCGCCAGUAAAAUACUAGAUUCAUAGAAAUGUUGGCAUGUUUAUAUAGCAUGAUGCACUGGGAGAAAAGGUCUACAUGAUUCCCAUACCAAGAGUUAGAACUUAUCAUUAUGCCAGCCACAGUUUUAAACCAAGAUUUGUUUUGGCUUAAUUCCAUAGAAUUUAGGGAAUUAUGCUAUUUUUAAAACCUGAUUCACAUGGAAACAGGUAUGAAAAAACAGCUUUCAGUUGUAUUUAAAAAAUAUAUUUGUACCACAAUUUGCAAUGUGCCAUCUUUGAUGCUGUCUUCUAUGAGUACCAGUUAAAGUGUAUUACAGACAUCAGAAAAAAUGUGGAAUUAUUUCAUCCGUUAAGGAAAAA